AUCAUCUUUCCCAUUCCCCGAGGCUGUAGCAAAACAUGGACCCUCUCAGAGUGGCCGAGAUUGCAGCUUGCGUGCUCAAGAGCAUACCGUUGGGGAUUGUGAUUAUUUUCGGUAGAGCUCAGACGGCGGCCAAUAACUACCCCAUUGUUACGAAGGGCCCAUUCUGCACUCUUCUCGACAUAUUCCACGUGGCGCUACUGGUUGUGUCCACUGCACUGAGCACUGCGAAAGGCUGGUUGAUGCUAGAGGACGCCAAAGUGAACAAUUUCAUCAGCGGAGCCAUGUUGCGAGAAGCAUCCUCUACUUUAGCCAUGGCGUUCUCUCUGAUUCUCCUGUCGGUUAUCGUGUGGCGGCGCUGGCGGCGAUGUCUUCCACCGUCAGCAUUCGUGGUGGCUUUGUUGGGUCUGCAGUCUACUGCAUGCGUGCUGGACGCCUUUCGGCUGUUCACGACAGUCGUCGAUCCGAAGGAUAUAACCCCAUUUGCUAAUCGUCUCCAACACAAGUCUCUUAUUGUGAGUUUUCUCCUGGUGGCUGCAGUACUUGGAAGUUUUCUCGUGGCAGAGGUGCACGACUUGGUCAUCAAAAAGCCGAGUUCAUCACAGGAACUAACAGAUGAAGACUCAUCUUCUCUUCUUGCUCGGCAAGUCAGCACAGUAUUAUUUCCGCUCUUCAAAAACACGUUGCGAAAGGGAGCAUCAGCAACGCCACCGCUUCCUGUUGUGCGGAGGGGAGUGCGGUGUAAGCAGUUGAUUCAAACGCUCGCAGAUCAACUCAGUGAACGAGGAGUUCUGCACAAACAACGUGGAUCAUUUGUGCUCACCCUUUUAGGUGUCCUAUGGAUGGACGCCCUGCGACUUACUCUGGCCUCCGUGUUCUACUACAGUUGCAUCUUAGGACGAAUCUCAGCACUCGAGUUGUUAAUCAACUGCACGAGCAACACAGGCAUGGCCACAGCAGCGUUGCUGUUCGCCGCGACGACAGUGUGCGAGUUCAUGCUCUCAAUUUAUUUUAUGGAUAUGCUGAAUAUAUUCGGAUGCAGAGCACGUUCCAUGCUUCAGGGGCUCGUCUUCAGCAAGGUGACGACAAUGUCGGCAAAAAGCAGGGCGCGCUAUGCGGCGGGCCACAUCGCCUCGCUUAUUUCUGUCGACUGCUCACUCGUUUGCAGCUUUGUAUUUUGCGUUCCCACGCCAUUAUUUGGCAUAUUGGUCCUGCCAGCUGUGUUUUGGAUGCUCUCCAGGCGUGUUGGCAUUGGACCAUCGCUCUGCUGCAGUGGAUGGACUAUUAUUGUACUCUGCGUACCAUUUUUUGCUUCCUUCGUCCAGAAGUGCGUAUGGGUAAAAGUUAUUCGGGCAAGGGACGAGCGUCUCAAGACUACAGCAGACCUUCUGUCCACAAUUCGUGUGGUCAAAAUGUACGCUUGGGAGGAAGCCAUGGAGCAGAAUGUUCUGCGGCCCAGGAACAUCGAGCUCAAGUGGCUGCUGUGGGCGAACAUACUAGACGGUAUUCUGGACUGCAUAUAUUCCUCCACAAGCUCAGUGCUGAUGAUUAUCUUGUUCUGCACAAUCUCCAUAAUGGAACCUGACGUCACCUUGACGCCAUCUGUGACAUUUUCCUGCGUAUCUCUGCUCUACGUAACGGACAUAGCGAUGGACACCUGUGGGCAAGCGCUGCGAAUUUUUAACCAGGCUAUGGUCGCACUAAAAAGAAUAGCUGAUUUCUGUACGGCAGAAGAUCAGCGAAAGCCGAAAAGAAAAACCAAGGAGCAUUCUGCAAGAAACGCAGGAACAGUUGUGAUGGAGAAGUGCUCCUUCGCAUGGCCAAAGCCGGUGGAUGGCAUAUCGGAAGCGCAGCUCAUAAACAUCAAUUUGAAGGUUCGGCCAGGAUCUCUCGUCGGCGUCGUAGGCUUCUUAGCAAGCGGAAAGUCUUCUCUGCUUGCUGCGAUUCUUGGAGAUAUGCACCUGAUUGAAGGCGACGUUACGUGCACCGGCCGGGUGGCAUUCUGUCCACAGCUUCCAGUCGUGCACAAUAUGACUAUCAGAGAUAAUAUUUUGUACGGAAAGCCUAUGGAUGCCCCCUUCUACCAUCGUGUUAUUCGUUGCUGCCAACUUGUUCACGACAUAAAUAAGCUGGAGGCUGGAGAUUUGACUGAAGUCGGUGAAAAGGGAACGAACCUCAGCGGUGGUCAAAAACAGCGCAUCUCUAUCGCCCGGGCUGUGUACAGCCAGAGCGAUGUCUACCUGCUGGACGACUCCCUUAGCGCGCUGGAUCCAGUCGUUGCUAGCUGCGUAUUCAAAGAAGUCAUAGGAAAUAAUGGCUUGCUUCAGCACAAGACGCGAAUUAUGGUCUGCAAUCAAGGAAAUUACUUGCACUACAUGGAUAAACUCGUCUUUGUCAAUAGGCGAAGGAUUAAGGUAUUGGAUAGGAUUGAAGAUCUCAUUAAGGACCCCGAGGCGCCAGAAAACUUCGGAGAAACGCUCAAUCAACACUCCCUGCAGAACGGGACAGCAAUUGCCGGUGUGCCGAACAUUGGAGAAAACGACAUGGUCGGACGACUCACUGUGGAAGAACUGGGCCAAUCUCAAAUGACAGGGUGGCAGCUGCUGCUUAGCAUCCUGCGGCAGGCACAGUGGCCGGCAUUUCUGGGUGUACUGGCUUUCUUCGGAGCGGCGUGUGCAUUUGCUGCGCAGCAACUUUGGAUCAAGCAGUGGACAGAUGCUGCCUUGGCUGAUGACGACACGGCUUCGCCUUCUCGGCAACUUGCCUGGGUCAAAGUGCUGGUGGCCUUGUGCUUGACCGAUGUGGUUUUCCGCAUUGUGGGAAGCAUGCUCCUGGUGCUCUCGGCGAAGAAAAUGUCCCGAUGCCUGCACGACGACAUGCUGAGACACGUACUUCAUAGUCCAGUAUCUUUCUUCGACGAGUCACCCAGGGGUCGCAUACUAAACCGGUUCUCCGUCGACUUGGAGUACGUGGACGUUCGAGCGUUCCUGAGCGGCAAGCAAAGUGUUCAGAACACACUCAUCACACUAUCCAAGGCUGCUGUGAUCGGAACGCAGUCGCCGGUACUUCUCGGCGUCACGAUGGUCAUGGCAGCUUUGAUCGCCUUUGGAAUGAAUAUGGCUGUCAAGGUUUCUCACAGCGCUCGCUACUACGAGAGCCUGGCCAUGUCCCGGCUUUUACAACAUACAACCGACACGGUGGACGCACUGAGCAGUGUGCGAGCGUACGGCGCGACUGAAUGGUUCCGGCGACACUGCUUUCGCCUUGUGGACGACGCGAUGCGUGGCUACCUAUGCUUCAGCACCACGUUCCGUUUUGUGCGCACGCUGACAGCCACAGGGGGUUUCGUGGUCGUGAUGUCCACGCUGCUGGUAAACGUCUUGUUCCCUGGCCCCAACGGGCCGGAUCCCAGCAGCCUAGGGUUGGCUCUCAGCUCCGCCUGCUCGGUGCCUCUGUCACUGAUGUCGCUGUGCGUGGUGCUGUUCAACGUGCUGCAAAUGAUUGUGUCAAUUGAGCGGUGUCUGCAGUAUACAAUGCUUCAACCAGAGGUCGACGCACCAACGACGAGCAGCAAAACAAAGGUUCCGCUGUCCGAAUGCCUGUCCUGCUGGCCCAGUGAAGGGAAAAUUGAGUUCCAGAAUUACUCAUCCUCCUAUCGUCCAUACGUCCUGCGGGAUGUGCUAAGUGACGUCACAUUCACAAUUCAGCCUAUGGAAAAAGUCGGAGUGGUGGGGCGCACCGGAGCGGGCAAGUCAUCACUGCUACUCGCCCUCUUGCGUGUGCUCAGACCAACCGCGGGUCACAUCCUUAUCGACGGCGUAGACAUCUCGACGGUACCGCUUCACAUGCUACGCAGGAGCAUUACAGUCAUCCCGCAGGACCCAAGCCUUGUUAGGGGAACGCUCAGGUUGAACCUGGACCCCACAAAUUCUCACUCUGAGGCGGACAUUUGGCAAGCCUUGGAACGCGCACACCUUGCCAAGUUCGUCUUAAAGGAUCCGAAAGGGUUAAUGCUAGAAACAAGAGGUGGCGGCGACAAUCUGAGCGUCGGUCAGCGGCAGCUUGUCUGCCUGGCGCGUGCCCUCCUAAGGAAGUCCAAGAUCCUGCUGCUUGACGAGGCUACAUCACAGAUGGACGGCGACACGGAUCGCCUCCUACAGGCCACACUCAGGGAGGCAUUCGCGGACUGCACUGUUCUCACCGUGGCACAUCGCAUUCACACGGUCCUCGACUGCGAUAGGGUCCUUGUCCUUGAAGAUGGCAGAGUCCGAGAGUUCGAUUCUGUACAAAAACUGCUUGGGGACUCCUCAUCAGAUUUCUACUAUAUAGCAAGGGAGGCUGGUAUUCAAUGCGCUCGAAACAAGGAUCAAGGUGUCGUGACGGUGCUGUAAUUUUUAUUUAUGAGAUAAAUGUAAUAAAAACCUGGAAACUU